ACCUACUUACGAGAAUAUUCUWUUAAUUAAUACUUGUCUACUGUGCACCAUUAAUCAAUAGCCAUUAACUAUUUUUGUUGAUUAUUAUUCCAUUUUUUGAACUAUUAAAAUAUCUUUCAAUUCAAUUCUUUUUAUUGUUAUAGUUUCAUUUUCAGUAUAAUUAGAAUCAUGGUCCAUUUAAGUGAAGCUCAAGAGAAACUUAAGAAGUAUAGAGAAGACAACGAACGUAAGAGUAAAGAAGUGUUAGAAUUAUGGGAUUCGUCGGUCAAACAUAAAAUUAAGCAAUUAGGAAAUGAUCGUUACCUAGUUUUGGAACAAGUAUUAAUUGCAGCAUGUGAUUGUAACCGUAUUGAUGUAGCCAAAGUAUGUUUACAAAUGCUUCUUAAUAAAUUUCCUGACAGUCUUAGAGUGCGUAGACUGGCUAUAACAAUACUAGAAGCAGAGGAAAGAUAUGAUGAAGCAUUAGAAUCUCUUGACAAGCUAAUCAAGGCAGAUGAAACCAGUGCUCAAACCAGGAAACAUAAAGUCGCAAUAUUAAAAGCUAAAUGUCAGAUAAGCGAAGCCAUUAAAGAACUUGUUGAAUAUCUUAAAAAGUUUAUGGUUGACCAAGAAGGUUGGCAAGAAUUGAGCAAUUUAUACUUGUUAGAAGGAGAAUAUGCCAAAUCUGCAUAUUGUAUGGAAGAAAUGAUCCUACAUAAUUCUCAGAAUCAUUUAUAUCAUCAGAGAAAUGCUGAUAUACGAUACACACAAGGAGGUACAGAAAAUUUGGAAUUAGCACGUGCUCAUUAUUCAUAUGCUAUUCUUCUUAACCCUAACAACAUCCGAGCUUUGUAUGGAUUGUACUUGACUGCUCGCAGUUUGAUGUCAUCACAAAAACAUAAUCAAACAAAAAAAAACACAUUCAAGAAAAUUGCUACAUUGUCAUUAAAACGAGUUGAACACAUGUACAGUGAGAAAAAGCAAUUAAAUAAGAAAAAUCAGCUGUAUGUACUUGAGACAUUAAUGGGAUCAUUGCAUUUGAGCUUAAAUUAAAUUAGUCUAAGAUAUUUGGUAUAACUUCAAUAUUUAUUAUUUUAAAGAUGUUUCUUACUAUAUUUUUGGCAUUUAUUAAAAUAAUAUAGCCAAUAUGCUAUAUUAUAAUGUAAACUUUAUUUGAUACAUUGUAAGUAACGUGUUCUGCCAAUAUGUUGUAAAUCAUUUUCAGAAAUUUUUUUUUCCAUCAAAUUGUCAAUUUAGCAUCAAURUUACUGUUUUUUCCGUUACCAACUUCUUUGUUGUUUUCACCAAUUUUAUUUACUACAAACUAACUCAUCUGGAUAUUAAAUAGUAGUUAAUAAAAUUAAAAUUACUGGUAUGAAUGUGGUACUAUAUUUCAAUCCAACUAGUACACUGCCUUUGAUACAAGGUGUGUUUUCACCAACAUUGUUUCAACAACUGUACAAUUUCUAGUAAAUAUAAUAACACUACAUUUACUUUGAAGAAAUAAUGAUAUUGUAU